GAGUUAUUAGAGGUGCGCCCGUGCUCUUCAGCGGAGAAAAUCCCCUACCCGGCCACUGGCCACUUUCUGUGGAGUGUGGGGUCCCCAAGGAGACGGCCCUGGGGCUCCGGUGCUGCGUUUCCCAGGGCUCCCGCGCCCCCGCCUGCCUGACUGCUGGCCGCUCCAACACCAGCACGAGGCGGGACUCAGAACAGGCACUCAGGGCCGCCAGUGGCCGCGAGGCGCUGAGACGGGGCCGCGAGGAGCUGAGAGGGGGCUCCAAGAACCCCGACAGGCCCCGGCGGGAGGGAGGCGGGCGCCCCGGGGCGGGCGCCCCGGGUCGGCGGGGCUCCCCCUACCGGCCAGACCCUGGGAGCGGCGCGCGGAGGCUGCGAAGGUUCCGGAAGGGCCGGGAGGGGCGUCGCGCGCUGCCUCUCACAGGGCACCGCUGGGACGAUGGCGCUGCUCGCCUUGCUCCUGGUCGUGGCCCUACCGCGGGUGUGGACAGACUUCAACCUGACUGCGAGACAACAAGAUCCGGAGGACACCCCGCAGACGGACGAGGGUGACGAUAGAGUGUGGUGUCACGUGUGUGAGAGAGAAAACACUUUUGAGUGCCAGAACCCGAGGAGGUGCCAAUGGACAGAGCCGUACUGCGUCAUAGCGGCCGUGACGACCCCUAGACCCGCAUUCCCAGUGCCUGUGGACAGGCCAUACCACGCAGAAGCCAGCCCUUCCCCGAAGCAGCAUUCAACACACAGGCCUGGCCCUCGUCCUCCCGAACCCCACUUGGUGCCUCAAUUGAGUGUGCACCUUUGAGCAGGGCCACCAGGGGUAAGGCUUUGACCCAGACAGAAAGGCCUCGGUGUCAGGCGUUGGAAAUGCGUGAUUGCCUUCUCUCGAUCUUUAUUUCCUAUUAGAAAUAUUUCCACGGUUUUUCAUGAUUUCGAAGCAGUGCUCCGCUAGUUGUGCAGCGAUUGAGAUACCCAAGCCAGAGGAGAAGCGGUUUCUCCUGGAAGAGCCCCUGCCCUUCUUUUACCUCAAGUGUUGUAAAACUCGCUACUGCAAUUUACAGGGGCCAUCUAUCAACACAUCAUUGUUCAAAGAAUAUGCUGGGAGUGUGGGUGAGAGCUGUGGUGGGCUGGGGCCGGCCGUCCUCCCGCUGCUGGUCUCCAUUGCAGCCGGCCUUAGCCGGCCUUGAGUCACGGGACUGCCACGGACUGAGCCUUCUGAAGCAUGGACUCGCUCCAGACUAUUGUCCCCUGUUGCAUUAAACUUGUUUUCUGUUGAUUA